UAUUAUUAUUAUAGAUAUAUAAUAUAUACAAGUAGGAUGUUAUUCAAUGCUUGCUCAAUGGGCAAAUGGAUAUACUUGUUGGCAUUCAAUGUUAUAACGAUUGUUGUCUUUGCCAUUGCGAUAAAGAACAUCUUUAUUGAUAUCGAUCCAAACACUUGUUCAAUGACAUAUAUGCAGCCGGUCUAUUACUUGGUGCCAACCAAUCAUACACGUUACAAGUUGUAUCUGUAUCGUGAGGCACCCAGUGUGUCGAGUGCCAGCAACGCUGCCGCCACUCAACAGACAAUCUCAAGGCUGGGCAGGUCACUGCGUGGCAUGCCAGUCCUGUUCAUACCUGGCAACAGUGGCAGCUACAAACAGAUCAGAUCGAUAGGCGCUGAAGCCUACUCAAUCGUCAAUCGUCAGCCAACUGACGCUGGCGACAGCCCAAGUGGCAAUGGCGGAGGGGGCGGCAACAAGAAACGACGAAGGCAACAUAUAUACUCGCCAAGUGAGUUUCACAAUGAGUUGGAUAUCUUCACGUUGGACUUUGAAGAGGAACUCUCUGCACUUGGUGGCGAUGUAAUGUACGACGAAACAGAGUAUGUCAAUGAAUGUAUCAAGAUCAUCCUCGGCCUGUACCAACAGCCGCAACAACAGAUGAAUACAGAUACAAGCAAGCCAACGUCGGUAAUACUGAUUGGACAUAGUAUGGGUGGAAUAGUCGCCAGGAUGAGUGUACUGCUACCCAAUCACAUAUAUGGAAGUGUCACAACGAUCAUUACAUUGAACUCAUCACAUCGCAAUGCUCCAAUCUACUCUCAUCAGUCCACAUCACACUUCUACCAUGAGCUCAAUCGUCACUGGAGCGAAUCAAUACAGCCGCGACACUUUGAGUUCAAUGACAAGGGCGAGCUGACACACCUUCCUCCAAUUUAUGAUAAAAUUGUCGUUGUGUCUGUUGGAGGCGGUCACAGGGACACGCUCAUUAGGUCAGAGCUGACAUCGUUGGACGGUAUUGUUAGUGCGGAUCGUAGCUUCUCUGUAAUCACUACAUCAAUGCCAGAUGUAUUCAUGGAGACGGACCACCAGUGCAUACUCUGGUGCAAUGAGGUCGUGCUGUCACUGGUCGAAGCGCUACUCUUGCUGGCACAUCCCAACUCAAAGCAGAACACCUAUGACUCGACGGCAAGACUCGAUCGACUCAAGGCUGUGAUGCACAGCCAUGCCCCAGAAGUACUGGGCAUCGCUCAGUUGUCCGAUAACUCAAAGUACAUGGAGUCGUUGAAGACAAUGCCCAAGGAGGACAUGCAGUCAAUUGGCGAGAUUGUUGAGCGCAUACCAUAUGAACAGGCACCAAUGCUGGCACUGCUUCAUCGACCAUCACUCAACUAUCAGACAGGGCCUACAACGCGAUUCACAUCGUCCUCGUCCCCGAACGAGGCGUUCUAUAUCAACUACCGCAUUGCUGAUUGGGCCAUGCCAAGACACAACAGUGCGGACCAGUCGACAACAUCAUUUGCUCUGACGACCAGUCUCUCGCUGGGCGAGUUCAUUGUCAUUCUCUAUGACCCCAAGUUUGAAAGGGCUGUCGACAUCUCGUAUCGAGCAUUCGCCAUGCCCACGCCCAUCUCGCAGGCCAAGUCGACCUCACAGGUCGAAGCACCGGCCGCACACCUCACACUGCCAUGGACAGACAUCAAGAACUAUCACUCACUCUUCAUCGCCUUCCCCAAGGCAUCACGCCGUCAAAAGUUUGUGGCCUACGCACAGUUCUACAAUGCCACAGAGUCAUUGAUCGACGUGCCAUCCGUUGGCAUGUUCAAUGGUCGACGCUACACACUGCCCGCUGGUGGGCAUCCAAUGGUCGUCAACUUUAGCCUGCCUUUCUACAACAACAAGUAUCCGCUCAAGGUACGGCUGUCACAGAUGACGGAGCAUCAGCACCAGCCAACCACCCAACCGACGCUUGCAGCAUCAGCACUCCAUCCCGUAUUCCUCCCCAUUACCUAUCAUUACAUCCCGAGGAGUAUGGAGGAGGGCAAGUUCGUGGCCAACUGCACACAGGCCAACAUCAAGUUCCAUCAAUCAUCACGCACGACCAAGGUCAUACUCAAUCACAUUAAUAAUAUCAAUAUUAUUAGCAAUCACUUUGAAGGUGACAAGCACAUUGUAAAUAGACAUCAACAACAUAUCCAGCAGCAGCAACAGGUCCAAGUCCAAGUCCCUCAAUCACAGGCAGCAACCCAUAACGAUGAACGUGGUAAACUUCAGGUUGUACUUAUGGAGUCGGUCGACUUUGACAAUGCAAUCGUCGUGGAGGAGGAGGAACAGUUCGAGGAGGUUUACCUGGAGCAUCCCCAUUUCGUGGCGAUACUAGACCCAUCCAUCGCCUAUGAGGUCAGCUUCACCUAUGACCUACGCGGCUCCAUUGGUUCCACAGUGUUCUCAUACUCUCUCUCAUUGUUCCCGACAACCUACGCGCUAUUCCUCUGGGUGUUUGCAUCCCAGAUGAACUCAUGGAGGAAGAAAGAUGAGUUCCCAAGUCUGCUAUUGACACUGCGAGAUGAAUCAGUGUUGCUGGCUCCAUUCUUUAUUGUGAUUCCAGCUGUCAUGUACAUAGUGUUCAAGAUGUUUGGCUAUACCAAUCCAUCAAUACUGGACAAACGAGGACUGUUCCCCGACCCCUUCAUCGAUUCAUUCAUGCUGGAACAGGUACCACCCUUCUGGUCCAUCCCCUUCCUCUUUGUCUCAUCAGUGUGCAUUCUCACACUCUUAAUCAUCAUUGUCAAUCUCCUAUUCUCCAUUCGAUCAUAUUUUAGCCGUGCAUUGCCAUCCAACAACAACACGCGACUAUAUAUUGGCAACUUCCAAUUGUCGUUCUCUCGCUGGCUACUGGUUGGCACGCUCUUGGUGGUAGCCCUCCACUCUGUGUUGGGCCUGCUCGCCUUUUUGUUGUUCCUGCUGGUCUCGCCCAGCUCCUCAGUGGUGAUCAGUGCGGCGCAGACCACCGCUGGCGGCAACACACUUCUCAUCAAGAAGAAGUCGGCGUCGUCGGCCAAGUCCAACAGCUGGCUACAACGCGACCUGUUCUGCUAUCAAAAGAGCGUGUUCAUGAUGUACCUGUUCGCCGGCAUGAUCAUGACACCCAACCUCAUCGUGUGGAUCAAGCAUCUGUCAUUCGAGUGGCAGAUCUUUGACUCGUACGAGCUGUUCAUCCUGGUGGCAAUCGCUCACAUCUGUCUGUCGCGCAUCGAGCUCAACAUGAACAACCUGUUCCUGUUGCGCGCUGUCCUGAUCGCGGCGUCCGUGCUCAUACUCGUCUACGCCAUCCUGCUACUGUACCGCGUGCUCCACUUCACCCUGCUGCUCUCGAUCUUCUUUAUCAUCUGCCACAUGUGGUCACUCAAGGAGAAGGACAAC